CACUCACUCUUCAUACUAUAUUCGUAGCAUCUCACGAGCUUUAAGCAUUUUUCCCCUUCAUCCCAUACUAACCAGGUGGCUGGAUGAUAGCUACUAAGACUUCUCUUCCAAUCUUGUCGCGCGUUUCCCAGCGAAGCUUCUCACGGGUCUGGAGGGACCUCAAGUCCUGUCGCCAGUACAGCAUCUUAGAGAUGACCGAAGACGUCUCGGAGACACCAAGCUUAGGGCAGAGAAUAGGAGAGCGUCGAGCGCGGAGUUCCGGACGCAAGCCUCAUGUCGCAGUUAUUGGUGCGGGUUUGGCUGGGCUACGUUGCGCGGAUAUCCUCCUUCAUCAUGGGUUCGAAGUAACUUUGAUCGAAGGCCGAAAUCGACUAGGAGGUCGUGUACACCAGUCAACCUUGCCAUCAGGACACAAGGUGGAUGCCGGUCCCAAUUGGAUCCACGGUGCCAACGAAAAUCCCAUCUUAGACCUUGCCAAAGAAACCAAGACUGUGGUUGGGAAGUGGGAAGAGAAAAGCUCCGUCUUUGAUGAGGAUGGCAAACAGGUCCCUCUGUCCGACGCCAUGGUCUACUCAACGAUUAUGUGGGACGUCGUGGGAGCUGCGUUUGCCUAUAGCAAUAAGAACUCUGCAACGAUAAGUCCCGAUGAAAGUCUCUGGGACUUCUUCCAGAGGGAGGUCCCCAAAAGGAUACCAGACAGCGAUGCAAACUUCGAAAAGAAGAGAAAUAUUGUGUAUCAGCUUGCGAGCCAAUGGGGAGCAUUUGUGGGAAGCCACAUUUUCACGCAAAGCUUGAAGUUCUUCUGGUUGGAAGAGUGUAUAGAUGGCGAAAAUCUGUUUGUUGCAGAUACCUACGAAAAGAUUCUCCAGCUUGUCGCAAAACCAGCCGUUGAAGGAGCAAAGAUCAAAUACGAGACGAUCGUCGAUAAAAUACAGACUACCAACGACGACGGUGGGAUGUUAAAAGUCCACACCGAGAGCGGGGAAAAUCUGGAAUUUGAUGAAGUCGUUCUGACUGCACCGCUCGGCUGGUUGAAACAACAUUUAGAUGCCUUCGAGCCAGCCCUUCCGUCAAGAUUGACCAAAGCUAUCGGGAGUGUAGGAUAUGGCUGUCUUGAGAAGACUUAUAUCAGCUUCCCGAAAGCAUUCUGGGUCUCCGCUCAACCCAAGGAUAGUAGAGUCCAGGGAUUCUGCCAAAUGCUUGCCCCAAACUAUGCGACCGAGUCGAAUCCACGCAAGUGGAAUCAAGAAUUUGUCGAAUUGGCUUCUCUGGAUCCCUCCGCGGCCCAUCCAACACUUCUUUAUUAUUUCUACGGUGAUCAAUCAAAAUUCAUCACUAGCAAGCUGGCAAAACUUCCUUCGAAGGAGAAGCAGGAUGCGUUCCUAAUUGAUUGGUUCAAGCCAUAUUAUUCACGUCUCCCGUAUUAUGACGAGAACUCUCCGGACUGUCAACCGAUAGGCUGCUACGCAACCGAGUGGCUCAACGACGACCUUGCAGGUAAUGGCAGUUACAGCAAUUUUCAGGUAGGUCUCGAAGAAGGCGACAUGGAUAUCAAAACCAUGAGAGAAGGCCUUCCAAACCGAGGUCUCUGGCUGGCAGGUGAACACACCUCACCUUUCGUAGCCCUGGGGACAGCCACUGGUGCAUAUUGGAGUGGCGAAUCAGUUGGGAAGAGGAUCGCCCAGGCUUAUUCUAGAGGAAAAGGCGGCGUUAUGGUUUUCAACUAAUCCAAUAGGGGACUUCAUGCCACGAGAAGAGGUAGAGCAACUGUAGAGCGAUAUUGAUUAUCAGGAUUAGCGUUGAGAGGUACACAAAUCACCACUGGAUUUAACUUGGUGGAUUUGGCCUUUAUGGGGAGCAUAUAGAUGCGUUGCCUAAGCAAAUAGGAGCGUAUUGAUAGAGGGCCUGACAAAUAGUGUUACUAGCAAUAUUAUGCCACUUAACAGGUUUUGAGGAUAUUCUGUUCGUCACUUUUA